GAAAUUUAAAUACAUGUCAAUUCAGUAUUUAAAUGUCAUCACCACGUGGUUUUGCCCUACAAAAAUGCUUAUUAUAUACUAUUUCUAAAGUAAAUUCGAAUAAAAUUAAUAAUCUCUGUUAUCAAUUAGCUACAUCAUAACAUUUUCAUUAACAUAAGUAUCUGCAUUGUUAACACUGCUGAAAAUAUGGAUUAGUAUUACGUCUAUUCAGAAACACCUUAUAGUUCGACAAUCGUUUAUCAGUAUCACAUAAAUCAUUAUAAUCGCACAAGAAGUGUAUUGAAACAAAAUAAAGAUGCUCUAAAUUCGAUGCAUCACACUUAUGGGAGGCAUACAUAUAUCGCUAGAAUUGAAGGGAUAUCGAUGAAAAGACGCCUUAUAUGUAUUUUCCCAUAAACUGUUCCAUCAAUCUCAUUCGGUUAUCGAAUUUAUUGAAAGCUUAACAAUAAUUAAUAUGGACCGCUGUUUGUUUUCAUUAUAACUUUGUGAAGUAAUCCUCGAUAAAUUAUGUCAUCCAAAAUUUGGGUUUGGAAGAAAGUUCCUGGUAUAGUCGGUCGAUGUAACGAUGUCAUUUAUUCACGUCCGAAAAUACCUCCGAGCCAGGAUCUUCUUUUAUAUUUUGGGGGAGAUGUUCAAGACAUUCAGGAGAAUAUGGAACAACAUUCAGAUAGUAAAAAGUAUAUAGAAUGGAAUUUGCAAAAUACUGCUCAUAUACUAUCAACAAACUUCCCCCAAAAACAUAUAAUUGUCAUUCGUCCAUCGAGAAUAUAUGUAACAAUGCAUGCUUUGUUUAGCUGUUUUGAUAACUUUGUACCAGGAAAUGAAUAUGGUAUCCCAUCGUACCUUCCAACACAUAAUGGUUUAAAACAUUUACAAGAACUGGUAAAAUCAUGUUUGGAUCAUAUUAAGACAUGCAGUGGUAACGAGGAUCCUAGUCUUUUCAGUAUUGAGAAAAUAAAAUUAACAUUAAUGGGCUUUAGCAAAGGCUGUGUUGUUUUAAAUCAGUUGCUUCACGAGUUUCAUUACUACCAAAGAAAAUCAAAACCAGAUGUUGAAAUUAAUAAUUUUAUAAAACUUAUUGAAAGUAUGUGGUGGUUAGAUGGUGGACAUGCAGGAACUAAGGAUACAUGGAUCACAGAUAAAUCCAUCUUGGAAUCAUUUGCAAAAUUAAGGAUAAAUGUUCACGUACAUGUUACACCAUAUCAAGUUCAAGAUUCUAGUCGUCCGUGGAAUCGCGAAGAGGAGAACCGAUUUUCUACUACUUUGAAAAAUAUCGGAGUUCCCAUAAAACGGGAAUUACAUUUCACAGAUAAACCAAGAAGUUUGCUGCUUCAUUUUAACGUUAUCAAAGCUGUUGGAAAUUGCACACAGUAAGGUUGUGAUAUUUAAAAAAGUCUGCGAUAUUUUACUUUUAUCAAUAAGUAACAAUAUUAACACAUUUAUGCCUUAAAUUAUUAAAUGCACUAUCAGACAUGAAAUAAUUAAAAAAAAAAAUAAAUAAAAAAUAAAAAACCUGUAGUUUUAAUUAUAGUUAAUUACAAUUUAUAUCUGUUCUUUUUACAAGACAGUUAACUUCUUGAUUCAAUAUUUACAUGUGAUUUUAAUCACAAUCUUGUUAGUUUUUAGUAACAUUUGUUUUGCAUAAUGAUAUACACUAUACUGUUCAAAUAUAAUAAAAUAAAUAUGAAUAAAAAGUAAAUGCAUAUAAAGUGUUUU